AUGCCUGGAAGAAAAGUCAGAAAGAGCACUGGUAUCGUCAAACAACGCCGUAAUGAAGACGUCGGGCUAGCGGAGGAGCUAACUGGCGCGGAGGAGCUAACUGGUUCAGAGGAGGAAUUAGCGGAGGAGCUAACAUCAGAUACGGUGCGGGUUGGACAGAAAAUGUCAGACUUGGAUACAGUCCUGCGUGAGAUAAGAGAAUUCAGACGGGAAACGGUGGAGAGCCUGAACGCCAUCAGGGAAGAUAUUAGGAAAGCAAACUGUAGGAUUGAUGAGACUGAGAAACGGAUUGGGGAUACGGAGGAGCGUAUCCAGUAUAUGGAGGAGGCGACAUGUGAGCUCAUUCAAUUUUGCAAGAAGCUGAAAGAGAAACAAGUAGACCAGGAAGGAAGAGCCAGAAGAGACAACGUUCGAUUACAUGGGAUUAAAGAGGGAGCAGAAAAGGAUGCCGAGUCUGUGAGUGCAUUUGUGGAAACUUUACUCAAAGAAAAGUUAGAGCUGCCAGUAGCAUACGAACUCGGAGUGGAACGUGCACACAGAUCACUAGGCCCUCACCCAGCGGAUGGUGUACCGCCGAGAUCCAUAAUAGCAAAGCUUUCAAGCCACAAAUGUAAAGAAGACAUAAUCAAGAAGGCAUGGGAGAAAAAGGGGUUUGUCUUUGAAGGAUGCAGGGUGUAUAUUGACCAUGAUUAUGCUCCUGAAGUGAUGAAGAUGAGGAAGGAAUAUGCUGAGGCGAAGAAAGUACUGAGGGAGAAAAAAAUCAGAUUCCAGACGCCGUUUCCAUCGAAGUUCCGUGUCUUUUAUGAGGGAGAGACACGCCUAUACAACUCAGCAGCAGAGGCUACAAGAGAUAUGGCGGACAGAGGACUUCAGGUUCGAGUUGUGAAAGCGGCAAUAGAUCCAAUGGAAAAUAUCCAGCGUCGGAUGUGGCAUACCGCCCAGAGGGCAGGGCGACAGGACCAGGGGAAAACACUAGAAAUGGGAUUCAAGGAGAAGCUGCAGGCUUUUAGAAGAUCCUCAGAGACUGUACAAGAGUAA